GAGGCAAAGGCACACAAGAAUAACCGAACAAGGGAGCCGUGAAGGAAAGAAAAAGGCGGGAAUCGAAGCGCCUAGCGACACUCCAGUACUCCACUCCUCUCAAAUCCCCUUCGAAGCAAAGAAGAAAUCCACCUGACCCCGCGCCACCUGUCGCCUCCGAGCAGCCGCCUCGCCAUGGCCGCCUCCUCCUCCAACCCCACGCCUCUGCUGCUGCCACCGCCGCCGCCGCAAGAGCCCGCGCCUCUGUCGCCGCCGCCGCCGCUGCCUACGCCGAAGCCGAUCCCCACCGUCGCCGACAACUUCCGCAGCCUGCUCAGGUCCGGCGAGGCGCUCCUCCGCUUCGCCUUCCGCGGCAACUCCGGCCAAUUGACUCACCGGCAUCCGCCUCCGCCUCGGCCGCCGCCGCAGCAGCAGCAUCCCCACCACCACAACCGCCCGGCUGAGAUCAUGAAGCGGCUGCAGCGGGAGAAGUUCGCCGACAUGAUCAAGCACAUGGACGGGCACGAGCAGAUCGACCGCCUCGUCGCGCUGUACACGAGCAGCGCCAAGGGGUUCCACCUCCCGGAGCUCCCCGUCCGGGUGAAGGUCGCACUCGACGCGGCCGGCGCGCUGCUCCUCGUCGACGGCGACGAGCUCGAGCAGGCGAGGGACAGGCUCGCCAAGGCCAGGAACACGACGGGGCUCGGCUCCAGGUUCGUGUUCGAGUCGAGCACCCGUGGCGGCAAGGACACCGUCGCCGCGGAGCUCGCCACCGGGCUCGGGGCGGCGGCGGCGGCGGCGGCCGGCGGGAGGCCACUGGAGCUCACCCGGCUGCAGUACUGCGCCCACGUCAGCGACCUGCUGUCGAUGACCCUCGUCCCGUUUGGCGCCCAGUGCAACAACUUCUUGCACGGUUCGAGCCUGAUCCAGAGUAUCCAGAGCAGAGCGUUGUCCGGCGGGCCGCCGUCGUAUUCGGAGCGUCAUGACUGCGGCGCCGGCGUGAGCAUCAAGGGAUCAAGAUUCAGGGCCUCCAUAGCUGAGCUGAUCUUUGGUUCUCCAGGCGAACAUGGCGGCGGCGGCGGCGGCGGCAAUGGCGAUCACGAGGUGCCCAACCGGUUGACGACGUUCGGCAAGGUGAGCUACGAGACGGCCGACGACAUCAAGCUCAGCUUGUCGGGGCUGUGGCAGGUCCGCUCGCCGGCGUCCCGGUUCAGCGACCUCGGCGCGCUCGCCGUGCCGCUGGGCAGCCUGAAGACGCGGAGAGCCAUCGCUCCUCCUCCGUCGCCGCCGGCGACGACGCAUCCUCCUCCGUCGCCGGACCUGAUGGUGCAGGUGCCGGCGCCUCCUGCUCCUCCCACCCCCAUGAUGGGUAUAGGGUCGACGGUGGCGGUGCAGGGCUCCGUUGCCGCCGCCGCCGCCGCCGCCACGGCGCCGUCGUCGCACACGGUGGCCGUCAUGGUGGACUGCGACAUGUACGACACCUUGAGAGCAGAAGGCUGGGUCGAGAUGGAGACGGCGGCGGCGGCGACUCCGGCGAGGCGGCGCGGGCCGGUGGCGCGGUGGGGAGUCUGCGUGUCCGACUGCCCGGAGCACGAGCUCGGGUGGGGGGUGCGGAUCGGCGGCACGGCGGAGAGGAACGCGCACCGGCCGCACGUGGAAGGGUUCCUCAGCUUCGACCUCGGCAAGGGCGGCAGGGUGCAGCCGGGCCUCGUCAUCGCCAUGGACGGCGACAAGCGGACGCCGGCGCUGGUGCUGAGGUCGUCGUGGCUCAUGUGACGCCGGUGAUCAAACUUGCCCGUUCUUCCCCUUCAUGCCGGUGUUUUGGUUUUUUGCUCUGAAAUCUGUUGCAGAUAUAAUAAGCGUACGUGACAAAUGCCCUCCUUCAAUUUACACCUGAGUGAGAUUUCAUUUUUCUUUUGCUUUUUGAGGGAUUUUUUUUUCUACCACCAACAUAUCGAUCGUCGCUUGCUUUAGAUAGCAAAAGGGAACUCGAAUUUGAGUAAAUUUGAUAACACCUUUAACUUUUUUGUCCAAAAGUGCCCAAGUUAAUUGUAAUCUGUAGCUCUCAGAAAUUUGAGCUAAAGUUGCCAUUCCUUAA